UUGAAAACUGAAUACGUAUUUAUGUAUCCGGGUAAUAAUUAUCAAUGUAACACUAGUGAAAAAUGAAUUUGGAUCCUUUCGAUGUAGAGGAUCAUAUCGAAAAUUUCACUAUUCGGAAGCCAAGAAACACACCUUUAAAUUAUGCGCCUAAGGAAAAGUCAACUAGGCAAGGAAAAAGGAUUCACGAAUGCAUUCCCUUGCUCCUUGCUGAUUUAUCGCGAUCAUCCGCAGUUCCCGACCAUGAAGGAGUGUUUUCCGUUUUUAAUUCCCCGUAUUCGGCCCUGCACUUUCGCACUUGCAUUGUACACGUCUUCGUGGCGGGUAGAGGAGUUUUUAACAAAUCGUUUUUUAGAUACUUUGUUGAUGACGGCACCGCCAGCAUGGAAAUCAGCAUUUUUAAAAAAACACAAGAACAGAAUACCAUAACAUCGCUAUAUAAUGAAGCUUCAGCGUUAUCUAGAAGCCAAAUCUCUGAAAAUGACCGUAAGGUUUCAUAUAGCAUGAUGCGCUUACUGAGCAAAGCCAUGGAAUACGUGGACGGGUCUAAAAUUACGCCGGGCAGUAACGUUUGCCUAUAUGGGCGGCCUAAAAUCUUCAGGGAAAAAGUGGGACUUGACGCGUUUUCCUUUUGCUUAGACAAUGCUCAGUCACGCCAUAUGGAGAUUGCAUUCAAUGAUAAUUUGAUAGAUUGGUAUAAUCUUCAUAAAAUUAAAGAGUAGUUUAA